AUGGUUGAUAACGGACCGAAUCUUGAUUCUAGAAUUCUACCUUUAAAAAAUUUGAAACUUAAUUUGGAUUCAGACAAUCAAUCUUGUAACGAGGAUGUCUCGAGUCAAGCUGGAAGUGAGUCACAGAACACUGAGAAUCAUCAAGAAAAUGGCGAUGGUGGCUUUAAUAGGCCCGUGAAAUACUUCCCAAAGAAGAAAGAGAUCAAAAUCGACGAGAAAAAAAUGGUGGCUGAUGGUAUCGACGCAUCUCAGGGGCAAUCUGAGGAAAAUGCCGAUGAUUGGCUGCCAGCUGUCAGUAGAAGCACUCAUAGAAGAUUCCUCAGGAGGAAAGCUAGGCGUGAGACGAGCGAAGAACAGUCUGAGCUCGGUAGCCAACAAGGCAACUCGAGUGAUGUAGUGAAUGAAAACCUAGACGAUGUUCCCGAACUUUUGGUCGACGAAAGUUAUGGUAAGGUCACCGACGAGAUGAAUGGAGAUGAUGGGGGUAUUUCUGGAAAUUUUGCUCUGAUGAAACUGGAAGAAGAUGGUGGUGCCGAAGAGGAGGAAUAUAUCGAAACAACGGAUCAAGAAAGCCAGGGAAAUGAAAAUUCGGAUACUUUGAAUACGGAUGAUUUAAGCAGUGAACAGAGCUGGACACUCAGGUCAUUAUCCGAGUCUAGCGUGGCGUGUAUUACCAGUGAUUUUGCCAUGCAGAAUGUGCUGCUUCAGAUUGGUUUACGUCUUCUUGCACCCGGAGGAAUGCAGAUUCGUGAGCUUCACAGAUGGGUGUUGAAAUGCCAUGCUUGCUUUAAGGUGACUACUGAGAUUGGUAGGAUUUUCUGCCCCUCGUGUGGAAAUGGAGGCACACUAAGGAAAGUAGCUGUUACGGUUAAUGAAAAUGGUAUUGUGUUGGCUGCUCGUCGACCUCGCAUAUCCUUGCGUGGAACAAAGUUUUCAAUACCUUCACCACAAGGAGGUAGAGAAGGAGUUACCAAGAAUCCUAUCUUACGAGAAGAUCAACUUCCGCAGAAGUUUCUUUAUCCCAAGAACAAGAAGAAAAAUAACCAGGACGGUGACGUUUUCAUACCAGAUGAUGUUUUCCGGCACACUAAUAAGAGAGGUCCAAUCCAGCCUCCAGUUAGGAAAGCAUUAGCUGUUUUCAGUGGAAAAAGGAACCCUAACGACAAUCAUUAUGCACCUCCUAAACGUUGAUUUUAUCGUAUUUCCGAUUUUUAUUUAUUAAUCGGACCCUGAGAAUUCUAGUAUAGCAACUUCGAUGCAUGUGGGUGGCAACUUAAAGAAGAAGAAAGUGAGUUUUUUUUUUUUCCUUCUGUUUUUGACAUUUUUAUUGUUUAUUUUUCGUAUUGUGGACAAUUUGCAUGUAUUGCAAGUAUUUUAAGUUUAUGUGAUUUUUGAAACAUUUUGUUAUUUUAUAUAUUUUUUAUAUCAUUUUAUUUA